AUGUAUCUGUUUAUUUUCUUCUACUUCCUAAUGAGCUUUUUCGAAGAAGUGCAUGGUUUUUGUCCUUCACAAUGCACUUGCGUUUACCAUGGCAGAAGUGAUGGCACUGGAACAAGGUCUGUGCUCUGUAAUGAUCCUGACAUGUAUGAGAUCCCUGUGAAUGUUCCUGUGGAUACUGUAAAACUUCGUAUAGAGAAAACUGUCAUACGAAGGAUUCCAACUGAAGCCUUUUACUACCUAGUAGAUCUCAAAUACCUGUGGGUAACUUACAACUGUGUAGCCAACAUUGAUAUCAGCAGCUUCUAUAACUUGAAACAACUGCAUGAGCUACGGCUGGAUGGUAAUCUGCUCUCGACUUUCCCUUGGGAAUCACUGGCAGAGAUGCCCAACCUACGGACUCUUGAUUUACACAACAAUAAAGUUGCUGAUGCUGGCCGGUACCUGAGAAACCUCACCUACCUGGACAUAUCCAGCAACAAGCUAACCACCUUGCCAUCAGACUUGAUGGACAUUUGGCCCCCCUUCUCAGAAGCUGUCCUGUCCAAGAACACAGACAUUGCAGUGACCCAGAGAGUCAUUUUGGGUUUGCAGGACAACCCAUGGUUUUGUGACUGUCGCAUUUCAAAGCUAAUUGAAUUUUCCAAAAUUGUGGACAACUCACUUGUACUUCUUGAUCCAUUGGUUUCAUGUAGUGGACCUGAAAGCCUGGCAGGAAUCUUCUUCCAGAGAGCUGAGUUAGAGCAGUGUCUUAAACCAUCCGUGAUGACAUCAGCGACAAAAAUCACUUCCCCGCUGGGAAGCAACGUUCUGCUACGCUGCGAUGCGACAGGGUACCCAACACCGCAGCUUACUUGGACUAGGUCAGACAAUAUACCAGUGAACUAUACAGUAAUUCAAGAAACACCUGGAGAGGGUGUCAGAUGGUCCAUAAUAAGCUUGACAGGGAUUUCAUACAAGGAUGCAGGAGAAUACAGAUGUAAAGCCAAGAACUUAGCAGGAAUUAUGUCAGAAGCUGCUGUUACUGUCACAGUGGUUGGUGUAGUUACUACAACUGUGUCACCACAGAAGUAUGGAAGGAAGCAAGAGGCAGAGAGACAGAAUACCACUCAGGAGGAAUCCAAGCAGGAACCUGAGAGGACAACCACACCUCUUCCCACCACACCAACUACCACAGCACUGACUAGCACUGAAAGAUCAACGAGCAUCAGGUUUACUGACAAGAAGCAAUCCAGACCCAUGUCUGAUGGAAAGAAAUAUUCGAAGGCAGUGACAAAUGGAAACAAAAAGCAGACUGGGGAGAUAAGCAAGAAAGGUGAGGAGACUUCACUGAAUACAGAAGGUAUUGCUGAGCAAAAUGUUACUGUAAAGAACCUAAGAGUGAUCAGUGAAACUGAUGAAAGAGUGACCUUAACUUGGAAAACUGUCAAUGCCACAAGCAACUCUGCAGUGACUGUGUUAUAUUCGAAGUAUGGUGAGAAAGAUAUGUUGCCUCUGAGCACUGAUUCUAGCAAAAACAAAGUCACAAUUGAUGGUUUGCAACCUAGUACUCAAUAUAUGGCAUGUGUCUCACCCAAAGGAGUGCCACCUACAAAAGAGCAGUGCAUUAUUUUCUCCACUGAUAGGUUAAAUGACGAAAGCAGCUCUCAGUUUUCUAUUCUGAUAGUGGCCAGCAGUGCAGCAUGUGUGGUUAUUUUACCUUUGAUAUUUUUCUUGCUCUACAAAGUUAUCAAACUUCAUGUGAAACCAAAAAGUGCAAAGGAAGCUGACCUUGCAAAAGAGACCUAUGUGAAAUUUGAAACGCUGUCUCUGAAGCCUCGAGCAGUGAAUGCAGGAGAGCAGCUCUGGGCACGAAGGUACACAGGCGAGUCAGAAAGACUUCUCCUUUGUUCCAGGUCAAGCAUGGAUUCUCAAAUGACCUUCAAAAGUGAGGGCUCUAGGUCUGAGUAUCUCUGUUGA